AUGGCGCAGGCAGCUAAGAACUGGUAUCAGGUGAUCAGAGCUGCCCCGAAAGGACGUUUCCAAGGUAUUAAAAGAGAUUAUCAGGUCGAGGAUGUCCUCAAAUUACGGGGUUCAAUCGAAAUCGAAUACACACUUGCCAGUCGUGGAGCUAACAAGUUAUGGCAACUUCUUCACACUGAACCGUUCGUGCCUGCACUUGGAGCUCAAACCGGAAAUCAGGCAGUACAGAUGGUCCGAGCUGGCCUAAAAGCUAUCUAUUUAUCAGGCUGGCAAGUGGCAGCCGAUGCGAACGCGGCUGGCGACAUGUAUCCGGAUCAAUCGUUGUAUCCAGCCAAUUCCGGGCCUGAGCUAUGCCGACGUAUCAAUAGAUCAUUGAGAAGGGCUGAUCAGAUCGAUGCCGUUGAAGCUGAAGAUUACCUAGCUCAAAGAGAUUGGUACGCUCCAAUAGUUGCUGAUGCUGAGGCUGGAUUCGGCGGAGCACUGAAUUGUUUCGAAUUAAUGAAGGCUUACAUCGAAGCUGGAGCAGCCGGAGUACAUUUUGAAGAUCAGCUAGGAUCGGAGAAGAAAUGUGGUCAUAUGGGAGGGAAGGUCCUUAUUCCCACUGCUCAACAUAUUCGUCAUCUAAACGCUGCCCGACUGGCUGCCGACGUCUGCGGUACGCCCACAAUUAUUGUCGCCAGAACUGAUGCGGAAUCCAGCCGACUGCUAACGAGUGAUGUCGACGAAAGAGAUCAUCCUUUCAUCGACAGAGAUUCUGGAAGAACUGUCGAAGGAUUUUAUAGGUUAAAGAACUCCACAGCUCUACAGUACUGUAUAGAACGUGCUAUUAACUAUGCUCCUUACUGUGAUCUUAUCUGGAUGGAAACUAGUCAUCCGACAAUCGCUGAUGCCAGAGAGUUCGCGGAAGGAGUUCGGAAGGUAUAUCCGGAUAAAAUGUUUGCCUACAACUGCUCACCGUCUUUCAACUGGAAGAAGCAUCUCAGUCCGGCGCAAAUGGAAAAGUUCCAGAAGGAGCUUGGUGCUCUCGGCUUCAAAUAUCAAUUCAUCACUUUGGCCGGAUUCCACGCGAACAGCUUCAGCAUGUUCGACUUGGCUAGGAAUUACAAGGACAAAGGAAUGUUGGCGUAUUCCCAACUACAAGAAGCGGAAUUCGAAUCUGAGAAGUACGGUUAUUCGGCGGUAAAACACCAACGAGAAGUCGGCACAGGAUACUUCGAUCACAUUUCCAAUGCGGUCUCUGGCGGUCAAUCUAGCACCACUGCACUAAGUGGGUCUACCGAAGAAGCUCAGUUCUUCACGGCAACGGCCAGCAGUGAGGACGAAGAGAUUCUGACGCUGACCGCACCGACGCUGGCUGGAGAUGAGAAGAUCCUCACUCCAGAUGCGCUGCGUUUCAUUAAAGAUCUAAAUAAGAAGUUUGAUGAUAAGCGCAGGAAACUGUUGAAGAAGAGGACUUAUCUGCAGAAAGAUAUAAACGAAGGAGCCUGGUUCCCAGACUUUUCCCCCGACACAGCUGAUAUUCGGAACGACAAGGGAUGGAAAGGAGCUGAAAUUCCCCCUGAUCUCCAGGAUCGCCGGGUAGAGAUCACUGGACCUACUGAUAGGAAAAUGAUCAUCAAUGCUCUCAAUUCUGGAGCUAGUAUCUUCAUGGCUGAUUUCGAGGAUUCAAAUACCCCAUCGUGGAGGAAUCAGCUGGAUGGUCAGAUCAAUCUGUACGACGCUGUCAGGAAUAACAUCUCCUAUGUACAUCCAUCGACGAAAAAAGAAUAUUCGCUAAACAAGCAAACAUCUGUUCUGAAGGUUCGUCCUCGUGGAUGGCACCUCCCGGAGAAGCAUGUGCUCAUCCAUAACAAGGCAACUUCUGGAUCGCUCUUCGACUUCGGCUUGUUCAUCUACCACAACGCAAAGGCUCUUCUGGACAAAGGCAGCGGUCCAUACUUCUAUCUACCGAAGUUACAAAGUGCUGAGGAGGCCAAACUCUGGGCUGAAGUGUUUGAGUACGCCGAACAAAGACUAGAACUCCCGAAGGGCACAAUUAAGUGCACUGUGCUUAUCGAACACCUCUUGGCUAGCUUCCAAAUGAAUGAGAUCAUCUAUGCGCUGAAGGACUACAUUGUUGGAUUGAACUGUGGUCGAUGGGAUUACAUCUUCUCCUAUAUUAAAACGUUCCAGAAUCAUAGAAGAUUCCUUCUACCAGAUCGUUUCCAAAUCGGAAUGACCUCGCCAUUUAUGCGUGCCUACUCUCUACUUUGUAUCAAGACCUGUCAUCUGCGAGGAAUCCAUGCGAUGGGCGGUAUGGCCGCUCAAAUCCCCAUUAAAAAUGACGAGGUCGCCAACGGGAAGGCACUCGCACUUGUACGUCAAGACAAAGAAAGGGAGGCCACCGAUGGCCACGACGGCACGUGGGUAGCUCACCCUGGAUUGGUGCACGUUGCUCGCCAGGUCUUCGACGCCCAUAUGCCAAGCGCAAAUCAGAUCCAGAAGCAAUACGAGAACCUCGUGACAACGAAAGAAGACCUGACCGCUAUUCCGGAAGGAACCCGUACUGAAAACGGCUUCAGACAUAACAUCAGUGUCACUCUGGGUUAUCUCGAUUCAUGGCUACGCGGUGUGGGCUGUGUACCCCUGUACAACCUCAUGGAAGACGCAGCCACGGCGGAAAUUAGUCGUGCUCAGCUCUGGCAGUGGCUCAGACAUGACGCUCGGCUUGAAGACGGACGUACUAUUGACGCUCAACUCGUGAAGCAGACAAUUGCCGCAGAGACUGAGCGACGUCUGAUCCGAGCUGGAUCGAUUGUUAGCAGACUUCCCGAAGCAGCCGAACUUUUGGAGAAAUUCGCUCUCGAAGAAAAUAUGAGCGAUUUCCUCACGCUGGACGCUUAUGAUAAGCUCGUUUCCGAGGGUCACUAA